AUGGUCCACAAUCACAGCUAUCCCUCCCUUCCUUCGUACGAMUUCAAAAUAGGCGUUCUUGGGGCAGAAAAAGUUGGAAAAACUUCACUCGUACGAGCGUUCUUUGGUCAGAAGUUUGUUGAAAAGCAYGUUCCUACUAUAGAUGAUUAUUACGUCCAUGCCAUAAGUGUCGAAGGAGAUUAUUUUAGCACUUGUAUCAUCGACACUGCUGGGAGUUAUUGCUUCCCAGUGAUGCAGAGGCUGGCAAUGGAAACAAGCCAUGGAUUUCUUGUGCUGUACUCUCUCGAUAGCGAGAAGUCUUUUGUUGAAGCACUUCGCUUGUUAGACGAGAUAUUCAGUAUUAAAACAAGAAUCGAUARCUCGUGUAGACAAAUCGUUGUGAAUUUGGUUGCUACAAAGCUUGACGUUGACUGCAGAGAACGGGAAAUAUCAUACACACGAGCGCUCGAUGCAAUGAAAGUCCGACCCUGGAUAAUAGGUGAGCACAUUGAGAUUUCUUCUAGAGCUGGGUUCCGAGUUACACUCGCGUUUCACAGCCUAAUGAARAAUAUCGUAACUGAAGGCCAGAUAAAAGAAAAAAAGAAGGGAAGAAUGCGCRUGGCAAGAAAAUUGAGGAGCUAUAAACUAGUGAUGAAAGAGAAAAGAAAAGGGAAGCGAAAGCUUGGACGGAUGAGGCAUUGUUUCCUGAGUUGUGGAGGAUCGGCGUAG